GAUAAUUUCUUUUGAUGUGGAUGGUGUUUUCAUCAUAUAUUUUUCUAGACACAACGGAAGACAAGGAUGACAGAUUUUCAAAAUGAAUUUUAUUACAAUUUUUAUCACGCUUACUGUAAUUUCCAUAAACUCAGUAGUAUAUGGUUGCCAAUUUUAUCCAGUAGGUGAAUAUUUACGCUUUGUUCGAGUACCUGAAAAUUUACAAGUUGGUGGAGAAGUAUUACAAGUACAAGUAUAUCCAAAACAAAAUUUAACGAUACAGCCAAUAGAUAAGAAAGAAGAUAUUCAAUAUUUUACAUAUCAUAAUGUAAAUAAAACAACAAUUUCAGUUCGAUUAGCGCAUACGCUAGAAGAAUUAGUAGAUAGGGAUAAUCCACAAAAUGUGUUAAAAUUUCGCCUUGUUUGUGAGCAUAACGAUGGUGAUGAUACGAUUUCCUCGUAUUUAUCGGUGACUGUUUAUGUAGAAGAUAUUAACGACCAUGCACCAACAUUUAUUGACGCUCCGUAUCAUAUCACCGUCGAUGAAUUAACACCAGUCGGUUUAACAAUAUUUCGGGGCAUUCAAGCAUUUGAUCGUGAUAAACCAAAUACACCAAAUUCAGAUGUACAAUAUAGUAUUACAGCAGGUGAUACUCGAGGCCGAUUUGCACUUGAAAGCAGCCACCGUGCAUUACUUGUGGUGAAGAAACCAUUGGAUUAUGAUAGUGGAGAUCGUGAAUUUCGUUUAACAAUUACAGCAACAGAUCGAGGUUCACCUUCGAAGAGUACGAAUACAACAAUGACGAUUACAAUUUUGGAUAAUGAUGAUUUAAAUCCGAAAUUCACUCAAGAUAUUUACAAAACACAAAUUUUGGAGUUUUAUCCCAUUACGGGAAAUCAAAUACACCAAGAAUUAAAAUUUAAACCACCUAUAUUUGCAUACGAUCAAGACAUUGCAUUGGAUGCACCAAUACGUUAUGAUAUUGUGGCAGGAAAUGAACGACGUUUAUUUGCAUUAGACCCAAAGAAUGGCACACUUUUUCUAGAAAAAGAAAUUGAUUUAGAUAUGGAAACACGACUUCCUGGAAAUACAUUCAUAUUACAAUUACAAGCAUCACAAAUCGAUAAUUUAUUAAAAACAGCAUUAGCGCGAGUUGAAAUUGAAGUUAUUGAUAUUAAUGAUAAUCUACCGGAAUUUGAAGUUGAUUUUUAUAAUAUAUCAAUUGUAGAGAAUUUACCAAAUGGUUUUAGUGUUUUACAAGUUGUAGCAAAUGAUCGUGAUCAAGGUGAAAAUGGUGAAUUUGCAUUUGUACUAAGUGAUCGUAGUGGUGCAUUUAAUUUGGAUUCAAGAACUGGAUGGUUAACGGUACGCGAUCAAUCCGUUCUUGAUCGUGAAAAACAACAAACCCUAUCAAUGAAAGUUUAUGCAAAAGAAAAAGAGGAAAGUGUAAUUACUAACGGAAAUGCUUCCUCUUCAGUCACUGUGCAUGUAACAUUACUUGAUGCCAAUGAUAAUAAUCCAAUGUUUAUUCCAAGUAAUUUAUAUGAAUUUUCAAUCAAUAAUGAUGUUAAAUUGGGUUACACUGUGGGUGCAGUUAAAGCUGUUGAUCCAGAUUUAGGACGAAAUGGGAUGGUAUUGUAUGACUUACAAAAGACAUCAAAUAAAACAGGCCCAUUACCAUUUGGUAUCGAUGCACAAACUGGAAGAAUAACCGUAACGGAUGUACCAUUAAUUGAAGGACGUCAUGCAUUAUUUGUCGAAGCAUCAGAUCAACCAGCCAAUCCAAGUGAGCGUCGUUUUUCUUUGGCAGUCGUAACUGUUGAUGUUAUACGUCCAGGCUUUCGUGCUGAGGAUGAUUUACCAGACUUCGUUGGAGCGCCGUAUGAAUUUUGGGUCGGUGGUAAUGUAGGUAUUGGUACCAGUGUAGGUCAGAUUCGAAUUAAUGAAGCUGCUCGUAAAAGUAAUGUGGUAUAUGAUCUCUUGCACAGUUACCAUGAUGGAGUACCCUUUGCUGUGGAAGAACGUUCUGGAACGAUUACCGUUAUAAGUGAAUUGGACCGUUUUCAUAGACAACUUUAUGAUUUUGAAGCGGUUAUUACAAACGAAAAAGAUUUAACUUUGGUUACAAAUGUUACCAUCCAUGUUGUGGAUCCCGAUGAUGAACGAGGAAUAUUAAUGAAAGGCACAAGCGGAGCACCAAUUGAAUUUCGAGUACGUGAAAAUAUGUCUGGAGCACUAAUUGGACGAUUAUUUUAUCAAAAUAUGACCAAAAACACAACAUCAAAAUCGUUACGAUUUGUAAUUGCAAAUCAACCCGAUGUGACUGACUAUAUUGCGAUAUCCCAAGAUGGUACAUUGUAUACUAAAAAAGGACUUGAUCGUGAAGAAAGGGAUACAUAUCGCUUAACUGUAAUUGCUGAAUAUAACAAAGGAUUUUUAAGUGGAGCUGGUAUUUAUCAAGUUACUGUACAUGUUGAUGAUGAAAAUGAUAACGCCCCCAUUUUCACUCAAUCAUUUUAUGAAGGUAAAAUUAAAGAAAAUUCACCACGAUAUACUGAAGUACAGAUGUCACAUUUAAUCAAUGCAACGGAUAAGGAUAAAGGAGUUAAUGCUCAAUUUACGUUGACAUUGUUUGGCGAUGGGCAAGAUUUAUUCCAAGUGAAUCAAACAUCUGGUAAAAUAAUUUAUAAGGGCACCAAAGACGGAUUAGAUCGAGAAUCAAAACCUGUGUAUAAUUUUCGAUUAAUUGCACGUGAUAAGGGUAGUUUAAGUUCUGAAGUGAAAUUAACUAUAAAUAUUGAAGACGAAAAUGAUAAUGCUCCUACAUUCUUACAAAUGGUUAUUUUACCGGAUCAAGGUGUGAAAUUAGUUGAAUACGAUGAAAUGCAUGCGAAUUUAACAACAGCGAAAAAUAAUUUCACUGAUAUUUUAACAAUGAAUUCAAAUAAUCAAGUCAUGUAUUUUGCUCCAUUAAUAAGUUUACCAGAAAAUAUACAAAUUGGGACACCAAUUGUUCGUUUAUUAGCAAACGAUCGAGAUUUUGGUGAUAAUGCCCAUUUAACAUAUAAUAUAUUAUCAGAAACAAUAAAACAAUCUCAUGCUACGGUAAAAAUUGGACCACGAAUUCUUACACAAUUCUUUAUGAUACAACCUACUACUGGUGAAGUAAUUGUCGCAAGAACUUUACCAGCUGAAACCGAAUUUCGUUUAAAUAUCUCUGCUACAGAUCAUGGUGGAUUAUCUGAUAAUGUGACAAUACGAUUAACUGUUAAAGACAUUAAUGAUCAUGCACCCACUUUUAAACAACCAUGGUAUAGUUUUGAUGCAUUAGAAGCGCGUUAUACAAAUAAAAUUUUGGGUACAAUUGAAGCCGUAGACAGUGAUUUUGGUGAAAAUGCAAAUAUUUCAUAUUCAAUUUCCGAUUAUGAAAAUUUACCAUUCAGUAUAAAUGCCAGAAGUGGCGUUUUAACAAUCAAUGGCGAGUUAGAUCGAGAAAUAAAUGAUCGAUUUACAUUUACAUGUGUCGCUGAAGAUAAUGCUCCAGGCGAAUCAAAAUUACGAAGUUUUGUUGAUGUAGAAGUAAAUGUUCUAGAUGUAAAUGAUAAUGCGCCACAAUUUUAUGGUUAUGAUAAAUUGAUUUCAACUCCUCAUCCUGAAUCUUCAACUAUUCCGAAUCAUAAUUUUGAAGCUGUACAAUUAACUCCAAUAUAUUUUGCCACUGUGGUAGAGAAUAGUCAAAUUGGAACAGUUGUAACAAAAAUAUUUGCAAAUGAUUCUGAUUUUCCUGGAAAUGGUAAUGGUUUAUUACUAUUUGAUAUUCCACAUCGAAAGAAUCAUGAAAAUUUAUUUGCAAUUGAUUCCAAAGAAGGAGUAGUGACCACAAUUGGAAAGUUAGAUUAUGAAUUACAAAAUACAUAUAAUAUUACGAUUAUUGCUUCUGAUUUAGGAUCACCCAGUCUAAGUUCAACAUGUUUAUUGAUUAUAUCAGUUAUUGAUAUCCCAGACGAAGAACAAGCUGUUCUGAUACGUAACAUUGAUCGACCCGUAUUCUCGCAUAGAUAUUAUGAAGUAGAAGUUGAAGAAAAUAUUCAAGUACCCUUGAAGUUGUUAACAUUGAAUAUCACGGAGGAGUAUAAAGAUAUGAAUUUACAAUAUAAUAUUGUAGUACCAUCUGAUGAUAAUAAAAAUAUAUUAAAAAUGUUCAAAAUUGAUUCACAAAAUGGUACAUUAUAUUUAAUAAAAAGUCCAGAUCGUGAACAAAUUGAUAAAUAUGAAAUUAUUGUUCGUGUUGAUAAAUCAAAUAAAGCUGGACGAGGAUUAAUGGAAAUGGUAUAUCCAAUUGGCCCUGAGCGUUUAUCAGAAAUACAUCCAAAUGAAGCAAAAGUUAUUGUAAGAAUAUUAGAUUUAAAUGAUAAUUUUCCAAAAUUUGAAACAAAUGGACGGCCAAUAGUUGCAGCAAUACCAUCUAGUGCUAAUUUUGGAUACCAGAUUUUGAGAUUACAGGCAACCGAUGCCGAUUCUGGAUUAAACGGAGAAAUACGAUACCAAAUACUUGGACGAAGUGAUGAUCAAACACGGCGAUUUGCAAUUGAUCCCUUAACUGGUCAAGUGCGUUCAGUUGUAAGUUUUGCACGUGACGCUGGCAGAGUUUUUGGAUUUGAUGUUAAAGCCACUGAUCGUCGAGGUGCAGAUGAUGGAAAAUCAUCAAUUGCAAAUGUUUUUGUUUACGUAUUGGAUGAAGAAAAACAAUUAAUAAUGGUUAUGGGAAGUCAACCAAUGGAUGUUGAAAAAAGUAUGGAUAACAUUACUUUGGCUUUAUAUAAUGUUACUGGCUACGAUGUUCGAAUCCGAAAAUUGGAACCACACACAGAACAUAAUCUGGUUGAUAGUUCUGCAACUGAUAUGUUUUUGUACGCUGUCGAUCCAUUGUUAAAUGUGAUAAUUGAUAUGAAUCAACUCGAAAGUGUUUUACAUGAAAAGCAAGUGGAUAUUAAACGUCAAUUAAAACCAUAUAAAGUACUUGAUAUUGGUAUGGGUGUCCAAUCAAAUAGUCAAAUAAAGAAUCAACGAUUCAUUUUAUCAACAUUAGAAGUAAUUGUUAUUAUUUUAGGAUGUGUUAUAUUUGUUGUUGCACUUAUUGCAGCAUUGUGUAUAAGUUGUACACGUCAUAAACGUAGAAAAGCAUCUGGACAAUAUUUUGGAAAUAGCCAUCAUCACCGACCUGUUUCUACAACUUUGGGAUAUUCUUUGGGAGCACCUGGUGGAGAUUCUGGUACUUUGAUAAAACCACCUUCAACCAAUUCUCUUUAUCCACUUCGGUAUGGUGAAAUGCUAUCGGAAUAUACAACUCCGACCAAAACCGAUCCUUCAUACAUUAUUGAAUCCCACCAUUCUAAUAGUCCUGGUAGUGGUAAACCAAGACUAUUACAAACACCUGCACAUCAUCAACGAUUUAAUGAAUCUUCCAAUACUGAUAUACAUUUUUACAAUAGUAAUAAAUAUAGGGGUCAGUAUGGUGGUAUUAUCAGAGGUAAUAUACCAACAGCCGGACGUCGUAGUAGCCUUAGUGCUAUAGAUCGUGCUGUACGCGCUGGUCAACAUAUUGGUAUGGAAACAUCAAUUGCAUCGCUACAUUCUAGUGGAAAGGAUUCUGGGAUCGUAGACGGAGCACAUGAUCAUCAUAAUGCACAACAUCUUUGUCAUUGUGGACAAUCGACGUCACACUCAUCGGAGGAAAGUUCUAACAGCUAUGAAGAUUCAUUACAAUCAAUGCACCGUGAUUUAUGUCCAAUGACACAACAUCACAGGUCGUAUUCAUCGUCUGGGCGGCGAUUUAGUUUACCACCAAAUGAUCAUCAUUUUGAGAGGAUACAUCAAUCAUUUCGGGAUGAUAUUAUGCGUUCAACGCCAAUGAUACAUCGUAUGCCAAUUAUACAUUCAGGUCAUCAUAGUAACGGUGGUAGAUCAACAAUGUUAUUGGCAACAGGUCCAACGGGUACAGUGGCCAUACCAAGACGGCAUAGUGAACGAGUACUUCUUGCAUGUCCUGUACCACCAAACUAA